CCCUUCAGUCUGCAGGAACUUCGCCUACCCACCUGAUUCCCACCGUGGAAGGGGAGUUUCUGGUUCCGCCCUGCAUCUAUUUUCUCGACCCCAAUUUGGGAGUGGGUGUCAGAUUCCCGGUAAGGGCGGGGUAUCGGUGGCCCAGCCUGAAGGACGUGGGGACAUGGGCCAGAGUGGCCAGCCCCAUACACUGACAGGACCGAACCUGAGCUGUGCCGACCGACCCCCGGGAUGGCGGAAGCACACCAGGCCGUCGCCUUCCAGUUCACUGUGACCCCUGACGGGGUCGACUUCCGGCUCAGUCGGGAGGCUCUCAAACACAUCUACUUGUCCGGAAUCAACUCCUGGAAGAAACGCCUAAUUCGCAUCAAGAAUGGCAUCCUUAGGGGUGUGUACCCUGGCAGCCCCACCAGCUGGCUGGUUGUCGUCAUGGCAACAAUGGGUUCCUCCUAUUACAAGGUGGAUAUCUCCAUGGGUCUGGUCUGUUGUAUCCAGAGUUGCCUCCCUGAGAGGUGUGGCCCCUACCAGACCCCGCAGACCCGGGCACUUCUCAGCAUGGCCAUCUUCUCCACUGGGGUCUGGGUGACAGGCAUCUUCUUAUUCCGCCAAACCCUAAAGCUGCUUCUUUCUUACCAUGGGUGGAUGUUUGAGAUGCAUGGAAAGACCAGUCACUUCACCAAGAUCUGGGCUAUCUGUGUCCGCCUUCUGUCCAGCCGGCGGCCUAUGCUGUACAGCUUCCAGACAUCUCUGCCCAAACUUCCUGUCCCCAGCGUACCAGCCACAAUUCAGCGGUACUUGGAGUCUGUACGGCCCUUGUUGGAUGAUGAGGAAUAUUACCGCAUGGAGACACUGGCCAAGGAAUUCCAGGACAAGACUGCCCCCAGGCUGCAGAAAUACCUGGUACUCAAGUCAUGGUGGGCAACGAACUAUGUGAGUGACUGGUGGGAAGAGUACAUCUACCUUCGAGGCAGGAGUCCCCUCAUGGUGAACAGCAACUACUAUGUCAUGGACCUUGUGCUGGUCAGGAACACAGAAGUACAGGCAGCCCGCCUGGGAAAUGCCGUCCAUGCCAUGAUCAUGUAUCGCCGCAAACUGGACCGUGAAGAAAUCAAGCCUGUGAUGGCACUGGGCAUAGUGCCCAUGUGCUCCUACCAGAUGGAGAGGAUGUUCAACACCACCCGCAUCCCGGGCAAGGAAACAGAUGUGCUGCAGCACCUCUCCGACAGCAGGCACGUGGCCGUCUACCAUAAGGGCCGCUUCUUCAAGGUGUGGCUCUAUGAGGGCUCCCGCCUGCUCGAGCCUCGGGACUUGGAAAUGCAAUUCCAGAAGAUCCUGGAUGACCCCUCCCCACCCCAGCCUGGGGAGGAGAGACUGGCAGCCCUCACUGCAGGGGGAAGGGUAGAGUGGGCACAGGCACGCCAGGCCUUCUUCAGCUCUGGCAAGAACAAAGCUUCUCUGGAGGCCAUCGAGCGGGCUGCGUUCUUUGUUGCCCUGGAUGAAGAGUCCCACUGCUACAACCCUGAUGACGAGGCCAGUCUCAGCCUCUACGGCAAGGCCCUGCUGCAUGGCAACUGCCACAACAGGUGGUUUGACAAAUCUUUCACUCUUAUCUCCUUCAAGAAUGGCUUGUUGGGCCUCAACACAGAACAUGCGUGGGCAGAUGCCCCCAUCAUUGGGCACCUUUGGGAGUUUGUCCUGGGCACAGACACCUUCCACCUGGGCUACACAGACACUGGGCACUGUCUGGGCCAACCAAACCCGAUGCUCAUACCUCCUCAGAGGCUGCAGUGGGACAUUCCUGAGCAGUGUCAGGUGAUCAUCGAGAGAUCCUACCAGGUGGCCAAGGCACUGGCAGAUGAUGUGGAGCUGUACUGCUUCCAGUUCUUGCCCUUUGGCAAAGGCCUCAUCAAGAAAUGUCGGACCAGCCCUGAUGCCUUUGUGCAGAUCGCCCUGCAGCUGGCUCACUUCCGGGACAAGGGCAAAUUCUGCCUGACUUAUGAGGCCUCCAUGACCAGAAUGUUCCGGGAGGGGCGGACUGAGACCGUGCGUUCCUGUACCAGUGAGUCCACAGCCUUUGUGCAGGCCAUGAUGGAGGGGUCCCACAUGAAAGCAGACCUCCGAGAUCUUUUCCGGAAAGCUGCUGAGAAGCACCAGAAUAUGUACCGCCUGGCCAUGACAGGGUCUGGAAUUGACAGGCACCUCUUCUGCCUGUAUGUAGUCUCCAAGUACCUGGGGAUCAGCUCUCCUUUCCUGGCUGAGGUGCUCUCGGAACCCUGGCGCCUCUCCACCAGCCAGAUCCCUCAGUCCCAGAUCCGCAUGUUUGACCCAGACCAGUACCCCAAUCAUCUGGGUGCUGGAGGUGGCUUUGGCCCUGUAGCAGAUGAUGGCUAUGGGGUUUCCUACAUGAUUGCAGGUGAAAACACUAUCUUCUUCCACAUCUCCAGCAAAUUCUCAAGUUCAGAGACGAAUGCCCAGCGCUUUGGGAACCACAUCCGCCAAGCCCUGCUGGACAUCGCUGAUCUUUUCCAAGUUCCCAAGGCUGACCGCUGAGGACUGGAGAAAUGCCAGCUGCCCUUUCAUCCCCACGUUGUGGAAGAAGGGGCCUGUGACUUGCUUGCAGACACAAGGGUGGCCGUGCCCAGGUGCCCAGCUCUGAGGACAGCUCUGGCAGCAGGCACUCCCCAGGUGGACGCUGCUCCCUGAGGGCCUAGGUGGCCGAGGUGCAACAGGGAGGGAAUUUYGAUUUGAUUUUUUUGUCUUAGUAGAUACUAAUAAAAAUAAGGCUGUGUAAUUCUCUAUUUUUUCUUGGGGAACUAGAAGGCCCUCCCCCUGCCCCAACUCAGGUCAGAAUGGUGGAAAGGAAGGCCUGGUGUGGGGAACUUUUCAUGAGGGGCUUGUGGCCUGCUUUGAAGUGUGUGUAUCUGCAAGUGAAGCCAGCUCUGACUGCUGUCCACACCCUCAUGUGCACUUGGAAUAGAUCAUUGCUCCAGAACCUUC